AUGGCCCUGAUUUUUGCUGUGUGGGUUGGACAAACCGCUCUGGGAGUCCUCGUCCCUCCACACAUCAUGGGCAACGCAGCACCUGUAGAUCCCAUGGCCAUCUACAUCCCCGAACCCUUCACUCAAUUAUUCGUCCACCGCUGCAAACCGGUGGGAUUACACAUCGGCCUGCCUCUGUUAUCGGCUGAAACCACCACCGACAAACACAUCUUCGACGCCGGCAACAGCAGUGUGCAUGCCGAUCUCGAUUACUUGAUCACGGCGGCUUUUGUUGCGACCGCCAAUGUUUUGACCGACACAACUCUGUACCCUACCACGGCCGAGCAGCAAGUGAGGAACUUUGCUAGGGGCGACGAGUCUCACCAACAAUCCCCGCCGGAUGGUAUCGGUGAAUUCGUUGUAUGGAGCCCCGAUAUCAUCACCGUGUCAGUGCCCAUCAUCAUUGUUCUCCCGACGUUCUUCGUCGCCACCAUAUUUUUCUCGUUUUAUAUGAUAACUGAUAAUAACAACUAG